AUGGGACAAUUUUCAACGUUUUUAGAAGCUACAGCAUUAGCACCAUGUAUUGGAUUUUGUAUAAUAACAAAUUAUAAACUUGGAUCAUUAUUGUUACAAAGUGAUACUUUAACAAAUUUUAUAACUGUAAUGAAUGAAAUGUUUCCGAAAAAUGAACAUCAAAUUAAGGAAUAUAAAGCUUUACAAUAUACAAGUAAUACAAUUAAUUUUGAAAAAAUGUAUGUUUUCUCAAUGUUAACUGUUAUAUGGAUUUUUAAUUUAAGUGGUGUUGCUCAAACAGUUAUUGAAUAUAAUUUCUUAAAUAUGCCACUUAUACGUCGGUAUGCUUAUUUCUUAUGGUAUCCUUUUGAUAUUGAUGAAGAUUUGAAAUAUAGUUUAGUUUAUAUUCAGCAAAUGCAUGCUGGUCUUAUUGCUGCUUGGGGUACUUUAGCAUCAGAUAUAUUAAUGAUUAGUAUGAUAAAUUUAUGUGUUAUGCAAUUUGAUUAUAUUUCAAAUACAAUAACAAAUUAUUUACCUUCACGUAAUCCAAAUGAUACAGGAAUGAUAAAGAAAAUUGUUAUUCAUCAUCAAAAAGUAUUAAAAUUAUCAGAAGAUGUAAAUGAAAUAUUUUCAAUGGCAAUUUUAUUUAAUUUCUUGGCAUCAUCUGUAAUCAUAUGUUUAGUUGGUUUUCAAACAACAGCUGGUGUAUCAGCUCUAGAACUUUUUAAAUAUAUGCUAUUCUUAAUAUUUGAAUUAGUUCAAGUGUGGACAAUAUGCUAUUUGGGACAAAAACUUAUAGAUUCGAGUUCAGGAGUUGCUGAAGCUGCUUUUAAUCAAAAAUGGUUUGAGGGAAAUGUACAACAUCAGAAAAGUAUUCUUUUGAUUAUGACUAGAGCCCAAAAACCAGCAAUCAUAAAUGCAAAAAGUUUUACAGUGGUUUCUUUGGAAAGCUUUACUAAAGUUUGUAGCAUUUCGUAUCAAUUUUUUGCAUUACUCAGGACUGUUUACAACAAAUAG